GCCCGGCUAAUCCCUUGCCGGUCGAAACGUAAGUACGUAACAGGGUGCUUUCACCUGGUUCCGCGAUGGUGCGGAUCUGUUCCGCGCCGGCUCGACAUCCGCAGCACCUUCUACCAAACCAAGACAAAGGCGGGGAACGACAUAGCGGAUGGUAUGACCGUGAAGGGACCAGUGAUCACAAGACAACUGGCUUUUGACGUUCCACACGAGGAAGCGGGGCCCAGUGGGCUUGGUCUUUGCUGAACCAGUAAGAGUAUAAGACUUGGUAAGAAGCAGCAAAAGUUGGCCAUCGCAAUCCUACCAAUUUUUGCAUUGUAACUUCAUUCAACCAACAUGCCUUCUCCAGUGGUGAUUGGUGUUGCUGCUCUUGUGGUAUUUCUCGUUGUUCGAUACCUCAAUUCGUCCGACAUUCCCAGAAUCAAGAAUCUUCCUGAGAUUCCUGGAGUGCCUCUGUUUGGCAAUUUGCUUCAAUUGGGAACCGACCAUGCUCUCGUUGCUCGAAAGUGGGCGAAGCAAUAUGGUCCAGUUUUCCAGACCCGCUUAGGAAACAAGCGUAUUGUGUUCGCAAACACUUUCGAUUCCGUCAAGCACUUGUGGGUCACAAACCAAUCAGCAUUGAUCUCUCGACCUACCCUGCAUACCUUCCACACCGUGGUUUCGUCCUCGAGCGGAUUCACCAUCGGAACCUCUCCAUGGGACCCAAGCUGCAAGGAACGAAGGAAGGCAGCAGCAACCGCUCUCAAUCGUCCUGCAGUGCAAAGCUACAUGCCCUUCAUCGACUUUGAAGCAACAAGAUCGAUCAAGGAGAUGCUUGCGGACUCGAAAGAUGGUACCAUCGACAUCGACCCCAAUCCAUACUUUCAGCGAUACGCUUUGAGCACGAGUCUUACCCUCAAUUACGGCAUCAAAAUUGAAGGCAGCAUCGACAACGAGAUGCUCAAAGAAAUCACUCAUGUUGAGCGUGAGAUCAGUAACUUCAGGUCCACAUCGAACAACUGGCAAGACUACAUCCCGCUGAUGAGACUUUGGCCAUCGAACAACAAGAAGCCACUCGAGUACAAGCAGCGUAGAACAGCAUACAUGACGAAAUUGCUGAACAUGCUGAAAGAGAAGAUUAGAACCGGUACAGACCGACCAUGCAUUACUGGCAAUAUUCUCAAGGACCCGGAAGCGAAGCUCAACGAUGCCGAGAUCAUGUCCAUCUGUCUUACGAUGGUCAGUGCCGGCCUGGAUACCGUUCCAGGAAACCUAGUCAUGUGUUUGGCAUAUCUCUCGUCCGAGCACGGUCAACAGAUCCAGAAACGGGCUCUUGAUGAGAUCAACAAGGUAUAUCCGAACGGCGACGCAUGGGAGAAAUGUCUGGUCGAAGAAAAGGUUCCCUACAUCACAGCCUUAGUCAAAGAGACUCUGAGGUUCUGGUCCGUCAUCCCAAUCUGUCUGCCACGAGUCAGCAUCAAGGAUAUCGAAUGGCAAGGCGCCGUGAUUCCCUCUGGCACUACCUUUUACAUGAACGCUUACGCGGCCAACUACGACGAAUCGCACUUCACGAACCCCUUCAAGUUUGAGCCCGAGAGAUAUCUGGACAAGGAGAUGUCAGGUAUCGAGCACUUCGGAUACGGAGCUGGCAGUCGAAUGUGUGCAGGCAGUCACUUGGGCAAUCGCGAGCUGUACACUGCAUUUUUGAGACUCAUCACGGCGUUCCAAUUCGUGUCACCGAAGGAUCCAAGAGACAGUCCAGUUCUUGAUGCACUGGAUGCGAAUGCUCUUCCCACCAGUCUUACCAUGGAACCAAAGCCAUUCAAGGUUGGCCUUCGCGUGCGCAACAGGCAGCAGCUAGACCAGUGGAUUAGAGAGAGCGAAGACAGAACAGCAGAUCUUUGA